AAAUUAUCGAUCCAUAAAUGGUUUCAAUUAAAUUAUGUGCGCGCUCAUGUUGGUGUUACGUUUUUUUCUUCUUCUUGCCAUUCGCCCAAAAAUAAAGUUUUCUCACUGAUUCAAUUAAAUCAUCGUGGGAUUUAUUUGCGCAGUAUUGAAAUCAUAGUAACAAUUUCGAUCUAAGACAGAGUAUAAAGUGUAUGUAAGUGUAUUUUGGUAAUAGAGGCGAAGUAACUGCAUGUUGCCGCUAUCUCAUCGAUCGUCAUUCAUAAUUCACUGCAUUCAUAAGAAGCAAUGUGCAUUUCGUGUUCGAAUAUAAAAAUUGGUGUAAAGUGAACGACCGAUUGAAACAAACACAACCACAUAUAUAACGUUAAAUAAUAAUAAAAAAAGAGAGAAAAAAAAGAAUCGAUAUCUGGUGUGGCAUAAAUCAAAGUGAUUAUUAUAUGAUUUUUUUUAUGUGCAAAUAAUACUUGACACAAAAGCUGUUGGUGCUUGUGUGUGUGAGAGAGGGGUUUGGUGGAUUCAGUCAACUAACUUACCGAAAUUAACACUUCUGCUGUCCAAAUAAAUUGACCAGACAUUACAUUGAUGUGUUUGUAAACAGUGUUUUAAAUUGUGUUUAUUUAACGCAAAAAUAUAUCAAAUUAUCGCUGGGAUUUAAAGAAGCAGAGGCAAAAGAGACUUACAAAAAUUUUGUUAUAUUCAACCGGUGUGAAAUCAAUUUUGAUGAUUUAAGCGAAUUUCGUAAGGGAAACGAAGGAAAAUCGCGCUACAACAUUUAUAACAUUCAUCAAAUCGAACUGGCAAUACAAAGGCAACGCAUAGAUUUCACGGCAGCCAUGUAUAUCACACAUGAUCGGGAUGAUUCGAUUGAAUGGAUUGAACGUUUGUACAAAUAAUGUGAAAAUAAAGUGAAUGGAAAAUGUCACAAAUAAGAAAAUCAGCAUCAUUUCGAUCGAGAAUACCAAUACGACGAGCCAAACCGGCACCACGACGAUGCUAUAGCCCCGAACCAUACAAAAAUUUAUCGACACCAGCUAUGUAUGACCAGAAUCACACCGACUAUGUCACAAAACCGAUAUGUAAUCAUGGCGAGCAACGCAUUAGCAAACAAAAGAUGAAACGUCAACGACAUGUUGCAACUACAAUGCUCGCCCAACAAGCGACACACACAACAACCAAACCGAACAAUGAUGCAUCAAUAACAUCGGUCACUAAUUUUCCGUUAGUACGACCGAAAACCAUCUACUCAUCUUCAAGCUAUUCGAGCAGCGACGAAAGCCAGGAAUCUGAAGCACCACCACCACAGUAUCUACUGAAGCAGUCUGCAUCCAGUGCGGCUAUUGUUCGGCCACCGUUAAACGUAUCAACCGAUGCAAUGAGUUUGGAUGGAAUUUUGGAUUCGAUUAGUUGUGGCAGCAUUUCUAGUCCACCAUCACCAGCCAAUUAUCUGAGUCGGCCCGAUUCGUACUCGAGCUACGACUCACUUGAUAAAUACAAUUAUGCACUAGAGACACUUAAACUAAGUGACAGCGGCAAUUAUUUCAAUGGGAAUAAUUGUAUGUUGCAGCCGAAAUGUCGCCAACCAUAUGUGCACAAUGAUCGAAAACUGGAAACUGAAGUAAUAAAUGGUGAUUUAAUUACGCCAAAUCUGCCGCCAAGGCCACCGUUGCCGAAAACAUCACAGUCCUCAACAACAAUUGACAAAGAUUUAGCGAAGCAACAACAAUUGAGCGAUUGGUAUUACAUAAAAACUGGUCCCAAAUCACCGUUGCCAACGCCGCGCAACGAUAAACGUAAUGGCAUCUACGGUUCAACAACCGCAGCAACAGCACCAACACCGGCCAGCCGAAUGACAACAAACAAUAAUAACACCAUCGAGGGAAUUUAUGAAAAAAAUGGAAAUUUAUCCAGAGAUUCGACGAAAAACAAUUUAAAUGUUUACGGUGAAAAUAUGAUGAAACGUGUCGAAAACGGUAAUGCACGUUAUGGCGAUGAUGAUGUUCAAAUAACAAAAACAAAUGGCAACAAUGACAAAGAUACGGUGGAGAAUGUCUAUCAGGCAAUAAACGCUCCACCAUCAUCUGACAGUAUUCAAAAAAUGUACACAAUAUCAGCGUCGAAUCAUCAAUAUUCUGUCGGCGAACCAUUAUGCAAAUUUAAUUUGAGAAAUAAUAGUGAAAAAGUCAAUGGAUGCUUGAAAUGGCAACAGCCGCAAGAAAUUCAACAGCGUUUACACACGAUGGCACCGCCAUCACCAUCUGUCAUAUCGAAAAAAAUGCAUCAACCACCACCGCCAUCGUCAAAACAGCAACAACAGUAUCAUUCGCAUCCAUUUUAUUAUGUUGAGCCGUCCAAAAAGCACUUGUCUUCGCCGCGACAAGACAAACACACAAAACAAAGUAUUGAAUUUGAACAAAAAUCGCCCGAACCGCAUUGCGAACAAAUUCAAGUUGCAUCGAAAUUAAAUUCUCAUAAUGAACGGUUAAAUUCCGCAACAGCAACAGCACCGAUAACACUGGCAACAAUGACGUCAAAUUCCAAUUCAAAUAUACACAAAGUAAGUGGCGUACAUUCGCAACAUCAGCAAAACGACCAUUGUGGUAGUGUGAAUUCAAGUAGUUUCGAGCACGUAAAUGUUACAAGUGGCUUUUCAUCGUUAUCCGCAUCAUCGGAAAUGACCAUCGACGAUAAACGUCAUUUCAACAACCAAAAUUAUGCAGACGAACAAUGCUUCCGUUCGUCAAACAAUGUUGUGGGCGAAAGUCGACAAUGUUUAAAACAAACUGUCUCUUCAUCACCUUCACCAUCGCUGGCACGCUCAUCCAACAAGCUUUAUCCACCGAAAUCAACAUCGUAUCGCAGUGAAUGUGAGCUUUUCGGUUCGUAUGUGUCAUUGGAUUGUCCAUCACCGCCAGCGCCGCCAGCAUCGUCCGAUGCACGACGUGAUCCCCAAGCGCGGCUCAGUCGAUAUUUGAAGAUGAUGUACACGGAAUGGGCCCUAAAAGAGCCAAACAUACCGACAUGGACGAGCUCACAAAUGCCGGGCGCAUUGUCACCAGCUCGCAUCGAACCCGAAUUUCGAUUACAUUCACAAUCACAUGGAUUUAGCGAUUUAUUAACGGUUGAUCAAUUGCUCACACCAAUUCAGACAAAAGACGGUCAAAUACUGGAGGCUCCGCGUCGAUUGAUAAUCGAAUGUCCGCAUUGGGUUGCCAGGCACUUUUUGGCAAUGCGCAUUUUACAUGCAUGGGCGAAAGAGCCACCAUGGCCAACACGAGGCGUCCCAGUUGCCAUCGCUCUCUAUCUUCCAUUAGUUGAAAUGAAUAAUAAAAAGAGUAUUGCACAUUUUGUUGAAAAAGAAUUGAUAUCAAAAGGUCCAAAUAAUCCAUUUGCAAGUGGUUUUGGUGGUUUUUCAUCCGCAUGGAAUUCAUUAACGGCACUUGGACCAAAGCUAUUGAUUGUGAUUGAUGGUUACGACAUCGUACGAAAUUCACCGAAACGAAAAGCAAAAAAUAUUCCACAAGACAUAAUCGAUUUAUUAGAAGGGAAAUUAUUUCCCGAAUCGAGAAUCAUUAUAAUAAGCACAUCACAAAAUAUCGUCGAUAUAUUGCCAUUGGUUCAGCGACACGUUAAAUACGAAGGAUUAACAUGGGGCAAAUCGGUUUCGUUGCUAAGCGGAGGUCAAUGGCGUUCACAAUCACGUUUUCUCGAAACGGUUCAACGGUGCAUUCACCUACGGAAUGUGGCACGAACGCCACUCGGUUGCUUAGCAUUGGCAUCGGGCUAUGACAUUUCAAACGGCGAUUUACCAACGGAGGAAAUUGAUGUGGUUGAAUCGAUAAUGAAUUGGAUUGCAUCGGAUGCAACACAAGCGCAUAUCGCCGAAUUGGGACGUUUGGCACUGUUUUCAUUAAAAACAAAACGAACAACGGUUACAUCGACUGAAAUAAAAAUGUAUUGCUCAAAUCCCGAAUCAAGUAUAUUGAAUUGCUUGGAAAAGGCACAACUAUUUGGUAAAACGGCCAAAAAGAAAAACGAAUACAUUUACACACCAAUUUGUUCCGGUAUUAUUGAAUUAUUGGCGGCCAACUAUAUUGCAUCGUUGGCCAAUCGACCAGGACUAUUGGCGGCCGAAAUUACCGGUUUAUCAUUGAACGAUGAAGUGGAACCUGAAAUACUCAAAGUGCUUACGUUUGCCAUGAGUUUGCUUGGACCACGUGCACACAUUCUAUUAUCGCGAAUGACACCACUCUGGUUAAGCCCACAGACGGUUUUCUCGUUGGCAUUGAGCGGCGGCGAUUCAACAGCCAAUCUCAAUGCUUUAUGUGACUUAUUAGGUAUAUCGAAAACACCGUCAAUCUCACCAUUGGAAACGAAUCCAAUUUGGGUGCAAAUCCGUUCGACACCCGUCGAACUACAAGGCUGGGCGAUGGCACUCAAAAGCCAAAAUUGUACAUUGAAAAAUUUAGAAUUAAACUAUCAAAUCGACAAGCACACAUUUUUAGAAUCUAGAAAUAGUUUGGAUAUUUUCUUGGAUGCGCUUUCGUUUAAUGAAAGUGUGUCCACGUUGCGAAUUACGUCGUUGAUUGAAAACGAUGCCAAAGAAAUAGAAAUCAACGUCAUAGCCAAUUGUGUAUCGAGAUGUUUGCUAAAACCGCGACUCGAGAAUUUCGAAUUGAUUUUAACGCUGCUCGACGAGGAUCCGCCAAUGCUGAAAUUACAAUCAGUUGUUACAGCAUUGUGCCGUUCGUUGCCACAUCAACCAAAAGUCACAUCGAUGCUACUCGAUUUGGGUUUGUGCACAUCACAGCUUGUGCAAAUCAGUGGAGUUUUAGAAGCAUGCCCGAAUGUGGCGCGAUUAUCAUUGCCACAUUUAAGAUGUGAACGUGGUGCUGUUGUUGCAUUGGCAUCGCUGUUGAAAGCUCGACCAUUGGCCUCGUUGGCAUUACCUUCUUGCUGGGGUGUUCGUGAUGAUUUACCCUCAUCGAGUGGGGUCAGCAUGAGUUCGGGUAGUGGCAGCAGCACUGGAACAUCGGCAAUUCUUAAACAAUCAACAUUAACAAAUGCACCGUCGCCACGUUCAUUUCAAACGGGAAUAUUUUCAUCAUUACCACGUGGCGCCCUGACGCCGGGCAAUCCGAGUGGCAGAUCAGCCACGUUGCCAAGGCAACCAUUGGAUUUACCGCCGGACAAACGUAGUUCAGACUCUGUCGUUUCGAAAACAUGGUAUCCAACACCGGCCUGCGACGGUGGACCACACAAUUCGGGCACAUUACACGAAUUACUUUUGGCUGCACGCGAACCAUAUUCACGUUUGCAUGGUUUGGAUUUGAGCAAAGCACAAUUAUCACUCGAAGAUUCGAUGUGUCUUGGUGAAACGGUGCGCGUUUCAACUCAAUUGCAUUCCAUUAAACUUGAAGGUUCGUCUCGUAUGAGUGAAGUAUUGCCCACAUUGCUCGGUUGCGGUGAAUCGAUUAGUUUACAAAUGAUGAGCCUAGCAUCGACACGAUUAGUGCUCGAGGAUGGAGCAACAGCAAUGUCGUCUCGUGCUUUGGCCAAUUGUGUUUCAUUGAGAUUACUCAGCUUAGACGGUUGGACUUUUAGAGUAGAUAAUUCAACAACAUUCUCGGCGGUACGCGCAUUUUUAACAUUUACUUCAAUAAGAGAAUUAGGAUUAUCAAAUUGUCGAUUGCAUUUGCCAGCUGUAAAAAUUGAGACAAUUUCCCCGUUCGAAACGUACGAAUGUCGUUCAGUAGUUGUAUUGAAAAUGGCUGGCGCACAAGUAUUUUUAGCGGAUAAUAAUAUUUUAAGGGGGCCUCAAUUAUUACCAUAUCUAUGUUUUCCAUGUUUGCGUGAGUUGGAUUUGUCUGGAGCAGCAAAAUCUGGCCUUGGUAGUUCAACAUCGACGCCAUUCAUCUUAGACGAUAAAUGCAUUAUUGCUUUCUUCCAUUCACUGCACACGCACUUUAGCAUGUUGAACACAUUGAAAAUGUGUAAUUGGAUAAUACAUUUGGAUGAUGCAUCGAAAACAAUGAAAACGGUUUCAAAAGCGUUGCGAAACAGUCCAUUAAGUCAUGUUAAAAUUGAUGGCAUCUCUGUGUUAGAUCGUUCGAAGAAGACACGAAUUGAGCCAGCAUUUUUCCAUAUGCUUUUGUCGUCGUUGAAUUCGUUACGAUGGUUUGGAUGCAGUUUGGCCGGCAAAAAAGACGAUCAAAUCACAACCAUUGGAAAUGCAGUGCUCGACAUUCGUGGAAAUGAAAUUGAUAUCCGACUAAGCGAAUCAACGAUUGAUGGGGCCCGUUUAAUGGCACAGGCGAUUAGUUUGGAUAGUAAAUUUGAUGUACGUGUUAGUACGUUUGGUACGUCGAGCGGAAUUCUCAUUCAUGCUGAAAAAAUUGGCAACAAACAUCUGAAUCGCAAGAAUUAAACCAUAAAUACGGCGCAAAAUGAAUUUUAUUGCAAUUUAUACGAAAGAUAAAAUAUCUUCUGAUUGAUAUAACAGUUGAAUGAAGAAGGUUAAUUUAUUUAAAUUCAAAACGAGUGAAUCGAUAUAUUUACAUGAUGAAUACAUUUCAUAAUUUAUGGUCCUCGUAUUUAUUGACAAACGCCAUUCGCGUGAAAUAAGCUAAACGGUCGACGAUGACGUCGGCGGCACAGAUUCAAUAUUGUAGGAAACUAUUUAUUAUUGAUCGAAUUAAAUUAUUUAUGGAAUUUUUGAGAAUAAAAAAAAUAAGAGUUGCAUCUAUCACGAUUAAUAUUUACAUAGAACAAAUGUGAACAAAUAAAUGGAAUUUUGCGCGCUUGUUUUCUUCCAUACCAUAUUUCACUCACUCUUUCUCUCACACAAACACAAAUAUGACUAUAUAUAGAUCUAUUGUAAUUGGUAUGCGUAGAAAUGAACGUUUACAUUUAUUUUCGAUAUUUUACACACAAAACUAAAUGUUACACGGGAAUGGGGCAACAGUUUUCACAUUAGACACAUAUUAUUGACUAGCCGACCUAUACCUAAUAUUAAUGAAGAAAAUAAAUGAAAUGAAUAUAUUUUUGUUGAGAGUUUAUGUAUUGUGUAUAGUUUUGUUUUUAUUUAGGGAGUCAGGAAAUGUUCGAUGAAAAUGGUCGGUGCUGAUUUGUUAGAGCUUCAUAUAAUAGCUCAAUCGUUGUGUCUGUUUUCUUGUGCGCGCUCCACUUUAAAUUUAUAAUAUUAUUAUUAUGCCGUAUCGAAAUGUAUAUCCGAGAUGAAAAAAAAAACUCUAUUUAAAAUGAAAUGUUUUUGGCAAACAAUAAAACAAACACACAUACACAUACACAAAAGUUGAUAAGGACAUCAAAUGUCAGUUGACUGUAGCAACUCACUUUUUUAUAUAAGCAUCAAAUAAAAAAAAACUUUAGUGGAAAUGUUAUAAUUUUGUUGGUUGAUGUUUAAUAUAACCUACUAUUUACAUGAGCAUGUAGACAACACAUAGACCUAGUUAUGCAUAAUAAUAACAUAUUUAGACAUUCAGAAACAUCAUAAAUGAUAAUAAAUAAAUAAAAUGAACAAACUGUGUCCACACAUUCAGAGCGGACAAUUUUAUUUGAAUACAAAUAAUAUUUGUUCACAUUUUACAUUUGUGAAAUGUUGAUAUACCACUGAAAAUAUUCAUAAUACACAAUUGGUCACAUACAAAUGGUAAGUCGAACACAUAUUGUUUUUUUUUGAAAUACAUUGAAGGUACCAAUAUGUUUCUUUUUGUAAUUCGUAACAAUGUGAUCAUAAAUUGUCAACUUUUAUCAUAUCCCACUUUUUGGAGGAAAAAAACAUCGCAUGGAUACAAUGGAACCAUUUUUUUUAGCUACCACAUUUCUACAUUUAUACGUCUGAUACAAAAUCCAAACUAAACCACUCCAAUUUUAAUUCGAAAAGUGAUAUAUCUUAACGAAUCGUCUAAUCUAAACACUUAAAGAGACAAUGUUGAACAAGUUGGAUUGAAAGUUAUGCAUAUAUACAUAUAUAAGAACGUAUUAACCAUUUAAACUUUUACGAAUCGGCAAAGUCUGCAUCAGUUAAGCAAAUGAACUGUAUUUAAAGGACUUUUUAACCGAAAUAGUUGUGAGUUUCUCCAUAUGAAAGUUUCAAAGAAAUCUUAACCCAAAUUCAUUUUCCGAUUCGAACAAAUUUAUUUCUUUUCUUUUUUUUUGGCAUUUCCAUGCAACAAAAACUUACACUUAAUUUCAUUGAUUUAAAUUAUAUGUUUUCUGAUUGGCAUUCAAGACUGUAAGUAUUUAUAUUUCGUAAUUUGAACCCUUUCAGCAUUUAUUUGGUAUUUCUUUGAGAGUAAAAUCACCCGAUGAAGAAAAAUUUGUAUUAUACAGAGUAGUGACUUUGUUGAUGUUCACAAAGUGAAUGUGGGCCCGAAGGCACCACUUUGACUAGCCGAUGGGCGUAUAUAGGUACCAUUUUUUGCGAGUAUGUAAUUUUAAGCUGAGAAAUAGAAUUUCAGAACUAAAUGUGUAUUAGAGAUAUGCUACAGUUUUCUUGGUUUCUCUACAUUCUUGUGGCACAUAGAUAGACGCAAAACGAAAUGAUAGACGAAAAAAUGGUCAUCUUUGGAAUACUGUGGUCAAACGAACUUACAAAUAAUCAACAAAAUUGUUUUUGUUAAGUUUUGCAAUAUUUCAUUCUGGCGAAGUUGCUUUCAAAUUGAUUGACAUUACAAAAUAAUGAAAACAUUUCGUCAGCAUUUAUGAGCGAGCACAAUAUUACAUUGAAUGAUGAUUUAUUCUUCUAUCGAUUGAAAUGUGCAAUCAAAUCGUUGUCAAAAUUCGAACGAGAGUUUUAUAUUGAAACUCGAAUCGGUUAUACACGGUGGUGGAAAUUUGUAUUUGAUCCAUCCGAACAUAUAAGAUGACAUAAACGAACCGUUUUUAACAUUUAUUUAUUACAUUUUGUGAUCGUAUCUAAUCUCCUAUUAACCAGCAUAAUGGAUAUUACGAAUAAGUAUAAGCAGUAAAAUAUGAGACGUGAGCUAUUUUGCUCGUGCGAAUCUCGACAAAAACGAAAAAAAAAAAAUAAACAAAUUGACAAGGAAAAUUCUUCAUGAAAAAAAAAACAUGGGAAAAGAACUGUUGACGAUAAAAAUUUAUUACUUAUUGGAUAUUACUUCCUGUUCAAUGAAAACAUAAUCAGACACUGUUUCCAAUCCAGUUCUAUCUUGGCUGUUGCUCAUUUUUUUUUUCGUGAGGAAAAAUUCCAUUUUUAAUGGAACAAGGAGAGAGAAGAAAAAUGCAUGAAUAUUGGAAUAAAAAAAUUGAGAAGAUUGAUUGAGUGACUGGCCGAUAAAAAUCUCUCUCUCCUUUUUUCAAUUACGAUAACUGUGAAUUUAAUGUUCAAAAUUUAAAAAAAAAAAUGUUCACUUUUUUGUCUCACCGAAUGUUCUCAGAAAUUGUAAAUGGAAAAAGACAAAUAAAUAUAACAUUUCACUUUGUGACGGAA